AUGUUAAUGGCGGAGUGGUCAGAGGAAGAGGUGAAGGCCGCCUUUUUUUCAAUGGCGAGGAACAAAUCUCCUGGAGGUGACGGUCUUCUGAAGGAACUGUUUGAGUGUCACUGGGACCUGCUGGGGGGGAGUUUCAUGGCGAUGGUUAAAGAUUUCGAGGUGUCAGCUUCUCUUCCAGCAGAGCUUAAGGAGGCGGUCACAAUCCUGCUGCAUAAGAAUGGGGAUCGGGACCAGCUGAACAACUACCGGCCCAUCACCCUCCUCAAUUUCACAUACAAGGUGCUAGCUAAAGUCCUGGCGGAUCGGAUGAAGCGGAUUCUGCAUCAGGUCAUCUCACCUGAGCAGUGCGGGUUCCUUCCAGGAAGGUGCCUGUCGGAUGCAGUUGCGCUGGUCGCAGAUAUCAUCGAUGUGGCGAAGAAUGAAAAGGCCGACCGGUACAUGUUGCUGGUUGAUUUCCAAAAAUCCUUCGACUCGGUGUCGAGGGACUUCCUUUUCCAAGUGCUUCGGAAGAUGGGAUUCCUGGAGCAGUACGUAGGCUGGAUUGAAGGCCUGCAUGAGAACACCACGACGAAGCUCCUGGUCAAUGGCUGGCUUGGUGAAGGGUUAAACGUGGUCUCGGGGGUCAGGCAAGGCUGCCCGCUUGCACCUUACCUUUUCUUGUGUGCGGUGGAGCCGUUGGCUCAGGAAGUGGAGAGGGAGAAGCUGGGGCUCAGUAAGAAAGGGCAGCAGCUCAGUUACCUCGGCUUCAAAUGGGCGGGAGCAGAGGAUGCCGAGCGCCUGUUGGGGGUGUGGGUGACUCCUUCUGGUAAUGGUCAGAAAACAUGGGAGAAGGCGCUGGAGCGCAUUGCUGAGAAGCUGGUAAAAUGGAAGCAGAAGAAUGAAAUUCUUCAAGAGCGGGUGGUUUUCAACAAAAAUAUUCUGUUACGCGACACCACGCCUAUCGGCGGUCAGAAGGACGCCAGGAAGCUGUGGGACCUGCGGCUGGAGGAUCUGUUCACAAGCAGUGAAGCAGGAGUGCUUGUGCAGAAAUCUGUGGCAGAACUAACGGAGCUUCUGGGCAGCAACGGUCCGGCGAAGCUAGCGCUGAAGGCAGUAGCCUCUCUCCCUGCCGGGUGGUACAGAGAGUUAGGGUUUCCAACUGUCCUCCCUUGCUCGGCUGCCUCUCCUCAGCUGCUGAACGUCCUGGUGGAUGGGGGCAUCAUCCCCAUGAAGCGGAUGAAAGAAGGGUGGAAGGAGGCUCAGAAGGAGUCAUACAAGCGCGCCAAGUGGGCGGCACGAUGGGGUGAGAGCAUCAACUGGAAGAAGGUUGUGAGCACGUGGGAGAGCGUCUGGCUUUCCUCGGCAGCAAGCCGGUUCGCCCUUACUGCGGAGAGCCGGAGACACUGGAACAUUGCCUGGUCCUCUGCCCCAGAGUUCAAGUGGUCUCUACAGCUCUUCGGCGCGCUCUGGGCAUGUUAA